AUGGCAAGAGCCGAGUCCGCCGAGUCCGAGUGCAAGCCCUUCUGUGAGACCAAGACGCAGGCCUGGGAUGUCAAGUGCACCUGGGCGGGCUGCAACGGCUGCUCCGAGUGCGUCGCCGAGUCUGAGUGCAAGCCCUUCUGUGAGACCAAGACGCAGGCCUGGGAUGUCAAGUGCACCUGGGCGGGCUGCAACGGCUGCUCCGAGUGCGGCGCCGAGUCUGAGUGCAAGCCCUUCUGUGAGACCAAGACGCAACCAUGGUCAGUAAAGUGCUCAUGGAACGGCUGCUCGGCCUGCGGGGACGUUUGCAAUGCGUGCAAGCCGUUUUGUGAGGACAAAACACAGGCCUGGGAUGACAAGUGCACCUGGGGGGGGUGCAACGGCUGCUCCGAGUGCGGCCCGGGAACGACGAGACACAAAUGGGACAAGCGCCAGCGGAUCAAGGAUCAGCACGGCGAGCGCGAGAUUGAUUUCGCCGAUGUGGAUGAUCAUAACGUGGUGACAAAGACCGUCAUGGGAGCGCGGGUGCGGCAGCAGGCGGGGGUGCCACACGGAGCGCACCACGAGAGGAUCAUGCGGGGAGAGGCGGGGAGGGAGACCCCGGGCGCCGCCACAAGGAGCGAACUCAGGGGCUGCCUCGUCUGUAAGGCCGCGAGGGACGCGGCGAGGAGGGCAGCACUAAAGCGGGACCCGCUGUGUCCGAUCGUGCGGAAAGCCGCGCAGCAAUGGACCGAGGAAGAUGAGAACCCGCCUAGAGCGACAAUGGCGCACGUGCUUAGCGGCGCCUGCCUGGGGAAUAGGGAGCAGGCCAGAUGGUUCCUCAGAGUAGCGCGAGCGCAGACAGGGACGGCGAUCAGCAAAGUGGCACAGGCGGCACCCGACUCCAAGGAUACGCUGAAGACGCUGAGGAUGGCGCAUGUCGCUGCGCUGAAGGGCUCACGCUACAGGGUGCUGGAUGAGGACGGGUACGAUACACUAGCCCCCGCAGUCGGGGGGGUGUUGCCAGCACUGGUAGAUGACCUCUCGGAGAAGAGCCGAAGGGACCUUGGCACCGGGGUCACGAGGAACUUGCAAGUCGUGGCCGAGGCGGCGACGGGAGCGGUGCAGAGGUGGAUACAGCUCAAUGAUGAAGCAACGGCGCGCAUAAUGAAAAGAGAGGAACACAUCGAGUGGCUGAGGAAGCUCUUCGCUGGGCCAGCAGCCAGUGGGACGAACGAGGACCGCGACGGCAGCUCAAGCGGGAGGGAGCGGAGACAGUGGGCAGCGAGCGAAGUGGGUGAGACUGAUGAUGCUCCUUCGACUUAG